AAAUUAUUAAUUCUAUAUUCGAAAAAACUUUCAAAUUUGGCAUUAAUACCCCGAAAGUUAUUGAAAAUUCUAAUGAGAGAGUGUCUGUUCCAGUUGCAUCGUUAUGUGGUCUAUGGUUUCUCUACUUUCAGUGGUUUUACAACUAUCACUUUGACAUAUUAGGUUAUGUUAAUGACACUUCAGUUGAAAAUAUAGAAAACUUUUGUAGAAUCAUGUCGAUGCGUCCAGAUGAUCAUCGUCGAAAAUGGGAUCGUGAAGAGUAUGAACGUUUAGCUGCUGAACGUCUCAAAGAAGAAGAAGGAGGCGAUGAAGAUGAUGAUGAUGAAUUAGAUAAAAAAGAGGCACCUGUUAAACGGGAACUUUUAAAACAGCGUGAUUAUAAAGUUGAUUUGGAUUCAAAGUUAGGAAAAAGUUUUGUUAUUAAUAAGAAUACACCAACUUCACAAUCAGGUGGUUAUUAUUGCAAUGUAUGCGAUUGUGUUGUUAAAGAUUCCAUAAAUUUUUUGGACCAUAUUAAUGGCAAAAAGCAUCAACGGAACUUGGGCAUGUCUAUGCGAGUAGAACGUAGUACUUUGGAUCAGGUAAAACAGAGAUUUCAGCAAAAUAAAAAGAAAAUGGAGGAAAAGCAAAAAGAAUACAGUAUGUCGUCCAGAUUACGUGAAUUAGCAGAAGAGGAAGAACGAAUAAAAGAAUACAGAAAAGAAAAACGUAAGGAACGGAAACGCAAAGCUGUAGAAGAUUUGGACGAUACGGAUGAUAAAAAUGACGAUAUAUCUGCUAUAAUGGGAUUUUCUGGAUUUGGAACUUCGAAAAAAUAAUGUAAUUUAUUUAUUUACUCGAAUUUAAAGUGUAAAAGACUUAAAGGAGGAAUUUUAUUCUUCGAAGAAGGGAGGGGAGGUUUUAGUAAAGUCCUUUCUAAAGCCACACUUUGUUUAUUAAAACAGGAUUUACAUUUAGUUAUAAACUUUUUUCUAUUUAAAAUUUUUACUAUUUUGUAACUUUAUAUCGUCCAAAAACGUUUUAUUUUUUGUGGAGGGAUGAUACAUUUAUUUUAAAUCUCUAAAUUGACACUAAAGUUCACAGAUAUAAUAAAGUUUAUCGUGGAAGACACUGUAGUCUGUAAAAUGAAAAUCACUUCUACUUAUUAUGUAAGGCAUUAUGUGUCCACAGACCUGUAACAUAUAUAGACUGCUAACGCAAUAUACAUUAUGCUACACCGUAACCGUUAGGUAUUGACUAGAGAACAAUUCGCAGUAGUUAAUUACAGUAAUUAACAGCUGUGCAUUCAUUGUGAAUUUAAAACAAAAUACAAGUUUCUGUGAUUACUAAUACGACUUUACCAAUUGUAUGUAAUUGUCAGUCUAUAUUUAGUAUAAGUCUGUACACUCGCCUGCCAUUAGAUAGAGCAUCUUUAUCGGGAGCUGCAUUACAGUCGGACACAAAAUUUAUUUUACAGCGUUGAAGAUGAUACCUCUUAUAUUUUUCAUUCUUAAUUUUAUGUACUAGUAAAAGCAUUUGCCUAGAACAACGGCGAAAUUUUUAACUAAAUAAAUUGCAAUAAAUUUUGAUACCAAUAUGAUAGGAUACCUUAAGCGUGUUCGACAGCAGAUGCUUACUUUCAGGUGCCUUCUGCUCUGUAAGUAGAAGAAUUUUUCGAUUAUGUGUAACUAUGAGAAAAGUUUCUCAAAUAAAAAAUGAAAAUUUUUUGUAUUUAACUCAGGAAGUUUA